GACAGAAGGAAGCCCAAAGCCGUGCUCAGAUGGACCCAGAAAGAGGAAGAAUUUAAGUCAGUACCUUUGCAUUUAGGCCUUAUUUGUUAGGUGGUUUUUGUCGGGUGUUUUCCUCUUGUGUAAAGUGGUUGGGAGGCGGGCUUUGGAGCCAGACACUGUCGGUCUGGUCCGAAUCCCAGGCCUGCCACUCCCUGCCCUUUGACCUUUGCCAGUCACUUAGCCUCUCUGGGCCUAAGCUUUCUCUUUGUAACACGGGGGCUAGUCAUCAAGAUUGGAUUAAAUUAUGAAUGUAAAACAAUCUGUUCAAUACUUAAGAAGCUGUAAACACUUAAUAAAGAGUAGUUACCUAAAGUGGAAGAUUCAAUUUUGUUGUUUGAAAAAGAAUGGUUUUAACAUAUAUUACCUAUUGGACUCUAAAGAUUAGGACUUAUUUUUAAGAACAUAUUUGGAAAUUAAUUUUGUGAUUUAUUUUGUGAUCAUUUGUGUAAAUGAUUAUACAAAACCCAAUCAUACGAUUUACCUUUGGGAACAAGAAGGGGAAUAUAGUAGCAUUACAGUGGUUUGUAUGCUACUCCCCCAACCCCCUUUAACUCUGAAAACAAAUAAGAAAUUUGGAGAAUCCCAUCCACUGUUAACCCUAAUGAUCGUUUCCUGAAGAACAGCCCCAUCCAGAGUCACACAGAAAUCUAGGAUAUGAAUUGGAGCUUUGAGCUCUUGUCAUUUUUUUUCUUCCUUCAGUGAUUUCUGGUUGCUUAGUGUGAAGGGUCACACUAAUGACGCUGUGUUUGUUGGUGAGCAAAGGGGAAAUGGAGAGGUGCUUUGCGAGGGAUGGAAGAUGGUAUUUACAUACAAAAUUUCAGAUUUGGACCUUAGCAGCUUUGGUUCUGAUGGGCUGGAUGUAGAAAUUUCAAGAUCAGAAGGGCUUUGAGGUAGCAGUAGCUGAUGUGCAGUUUGGCCCCAUGAGAUUUCAUCCACAUCAACUCCAGGUACUUUUAGUGUUUACCAAAGAAGAUAACCAGUGUAAUGGAUUCUGCAGGGCGUGUGAAAAAGCAGGGUUUAAGUGCACAGUUACCAAGGAGGCUCAGGCUGUUCUUGCCUGUUUCCUGGACAAACAUCAUGACAUCAUCAUCAUAGACCACAGAAACCCCCGGCAGCUGGACGCAGAGGCGCUGUGCAGGUCUAUUAGAUCAUCAAAACUCUCUGAAAACACAGUUAUUAUUGGUGUAGUACGCAGGACGGAUAGAGAAGAGUCAUCUGUGAUGCCCCUCAUUGCUGCUGGCUUUACAAGGAGGUAUGUGGAAAACCCCAGCCUCAUGGCCUGUUACAAUGAACUGCUCCAGCUGGAGUUCGGAGAGGUGCGGUCCCAGCUAAAACUCAGGGCUUGUAACUCAAUAUUCACUGCAUUAGAGAGAAGUCAAGAAGCAAUUGAAAUUACAAGUGAAGACCACAUUAUACAGUAUGCAAAUCCUGCAUUUGAAACAACCAUGGGCUAUCAGUCAGGCGAAUUAAUAGGAAAGGAGUUAGCAGAAGUGCCUAUAAAUGAAAAAAAGGCUGAUUUGCUCGAUACUAUAAAUUCAUGCAUCAGGAUAGGCAAGGAGUGGCAAGGAAUCUACCACGCCAAAAAGAAAAAUGGAGAUAAUGUGCAACAAAAUGUGAAGAUAAUACCUGUCAUUGGACAGGGAGGAAAAAUUAGACACUAUGUGUCCAUUAUCAGAGUGUGCAAUGGCAGCAAUAAGGCUGAGAAAAUAACUGAAUGUGUUCAGUCUGACACUCAUACAGAUCAUCAGUCAGGCAAACAUAAAGACAGAAGGAAAAGCUCACUAGAUGUCAGAACUCUUGCUUCUCGAACAAGCGAAGUUGGCAGCCAGAGGCGACACUCCUCCAUGGCCCGGAUACAUUCCAUGACGAUCGAGGCGCCCAUCACCAAGGUAAUCAACAUUAUCAAUGCUGCCCAGGAAAGCAGCCCCAUGGCUGUGACGGAAGCCUUAGACCGUGUCCUGGAAAUUCUAAGAACCACUGAAUUAUAUUCACCACAGUUUGGUGCUAAGGAUGAUGAUCCUCAUGCCAAUGACCUUGUUGGGGGCUUAAUGUCUGAUGGUUUGCGAAGACUAUCCGGGAAUGAGUAUGUUCUCUCAACAAAAAAUCUUCAGCAGAUGCCCAGCAGUAUAAACGCCCCCAUCUCCCUUCACGACGUCCCCCCACGGAUAGCUCGGGCCAUGGAAAACGAGGAGUACUGGGACUUUAAUAUAUUUGAACUGGAGGCUGCCACACAUAAAAGGCCUUUGAUUUAUCUUGGUCUCAAAAUGUUUGCUCGCUUCGGAAUAUGUGAAUUCUUGAACUGCUCCGAGCCGACGCUGAGAUCGUGGUUACAGAUCAUUGAAGCCAGUUACCACUCUUCUAACCCCUACCACAACUCGACACACUCUGCCGACGUGCUUCACGCCACUGCCUACUUUCUCUGCAAAGAGAGGAUAAAGCAAACUUUAGAUCCGGUCGAUGAGGUCGCUGCGCUUAUUGCAGCCACUGUCCACGACGUGGACCACCCUGGGCGGACCAACUCGUUCCUGUGCAAUGCUGGAAGUGAGCUGGCCAUCUUGUAUAAUGACACUGCUGUGCUGGAGAGCCACCAUGCGGCCCUGGCUUUCCAGCUGACCACCCGAGAUGACAAAUGCAAUAUCUUCAAGAACAUGGAGAGGAAUGACUAUCGGACGCUGCGCCAGGCUAUUAUCGACAUGGUCUUAGCCACAGAAAUGACAAAGCACUUCGAGCACGUCAACAAAUUUGUCAACAGCAUCAACAAGCCCCUGGCAGCACUCGAAGUAAAUGGGGAAGUGAAUAGAGAUGAAGAAGCCAUAAACACUAUGCUCAGGACUCCAGAGAACCGGACUCUGAUUAAACGAAUGCUGAUUAAAUGCGCAGAUGUGUCCAAUCCCUGCCGACCCCUGGAGCAGUGCAUUGAGUGGGCCGGACGCAUCUCAGAAGAAUAUUUUUCUCAGACUGAUGAGGAGAAGCGGCAGGACUUACCUGUGGUGAUGCCAGUUUUUGACAGAAACACCUGCAGCAUCCCCAAAUCCCAGAUCUCCUUCAUUGACUACUUCAUCACAGACAUGUUCGAUGCCUGGGAUGCCUUUGUAGACCUGCCUGAGUUAAUGCAGCAUCUUGACAACAACUUUAAAUACUGGAAAGGACUGGAUGAAAUGAAGCUGCGGAGCCUCCGACCGCCCCCGGAAUAGUGCGUCACACCGCCUGGGCCCCGAAGCUUUGUCCUUCCACUCAUUUGGAAUUCCUGAGGGCAGCCAGGGUUCCUGGAUCCUUUCAGUAUUAGGCAGAACAGUGCCCAGGUCUGCAGAGCCUGUGAAAGCACACGGGGCAUCGAUGACCUUCUGCAGCCACCAUCCGAUGCCAUUGCCGCAAAGUGCGACCCAGUCCGCCAUAUUGGGCGUGCAGCAGGGGCUCUCUAGGAAAGUCACAGGAGAACCAGUUUGCACUAACUUUCCUUAUCAUGAGCUCAGAGGGACCCUCCAAAGGACACUGAUGGAUUUCCUCCCAGUGACAGAGAAUGUCUUGUUGCAAACAAUUUCUCUCAACUGUGUCCAGCACUUACAAACAGCUCAUGGCAAUCGGAGCUUUAGGAACUUUUUCACAUCAUAGAAGGUGCAAUCACUCACUUUGGAACACUACUGAAAGUGACUUCUCUUUUGAAACUGAGUAGCAAAUGAAAAAUACAAAAAUUUUGAAGUUGAUUAUUAAAUACAAAGAAAUUUUGAAGUUGAUUAAUAUCAAUUAUUAAAAUGUUUUAUUUAUUUUAUUAGAAGUUCAAUAUUUUCUAUGAAUUUUGAAAUACUUCAAAGCCAAAGCCAACUUUAAAUGCCAUGACCAAAUUUACAUAAUUCAUAUUCAUUAAAUAUGUAUUACGUGGUGUACAGACUUAUUUUCAUAAUGCAAAUUAAAACUAUAAAAUGACACAUUUUUACUGCACUACAGAAAUAUUUGUGUAUGUUAGACUCUUUUCUGAUUGAUGCUAGUUGGGAAAAGCGGUCUUUGGGAGGCUCCGAGUGUAAAGCCCUCCAGGAGAGCACCUCCUCCGUCCAGGAAGCAGAGUUCUGAAACUCUGGUCAUCUGAUGGGCUUUGCCAGUGACUCCCCAAAGUCAACGAAACUCAGACCUAACACCUUUUUCCUAAAAUAAUUGAAUUCCCAAAAAUCUGCCUUAUUUUAUAGUGUUUCUACAAGAUACUCCCUAUGAAAGAACAAAAAUGGACUGUUUAGUGAGCUGACAUUUUAUAACCAAUCUGUUUUCAUCUGAGGUGGGAAUCUUUGAUUCCAGAAAUUUAUAAAGUUCUGUAUCUUCAUGUUUUGAAUACGUGUAGUACCGUAAAAAAUGACACAUGAUAAUAUGUCAAAGUGCUUGUCAUUUCAUUUUAAAGUUGUAUUUUUCCCCAGAUAAAAAUGAAAUUAAACUAUUUGUUUUUAAGAAA